AUGGAACGAUCUCCGACUGGCAAAACGGGAUUCAUGAUAAUGUUAGACUUCACCAUUGGAACCACAUCGAAUGUCAUCGGUUUCAAACGCUACGAGAACGUGUCUGCGCCGUUUAACAUCAAGCAAUACGAGGCGUUCGAUAACACUUACAAUGGUUCCCGUGUCAUGCCCAUGUGCUGGGGAGAGGAAGGAACAAUCGUCGACGUCGACUGGGAUGGAGGCUGUUCUGCAUCAGAAUUUGACCAGUAUGGAGACAUGGAGGCAUUCGGUGUUCACCCCGGGAUCAAAGCGCCAAAGGAAGAGGGCCUGAGGCUCCAGCAGUGGAAUCCACCCCUGAUUAACCUAGCCGACGGCGACCAGACUAGUGGAGGAGAGGAGGUUGCGGCACCGACAAUACCACCUAAGCGUAGACGGCGCAGAUCAAGGCACUCAUCACGUGCGUCGACGGUGGUUGAUGACCGCAAAGAGUGGGAGCCGGCUUCGACUGCACCCACGACUCUCAAUGCACCGUCCACGCUUUUGCCACAGCCACCGCCGUUUUACAAUUCACCUGAACCACCUCGUCUUCCAUCUUCUCCUUGGGUGACUAAUGGAGAUGCUGGACGCGUGUCACCACUCGUGAAAGCCAAUGGAAAUGCAGCUUAUACUUAUGAGAAACCCAUCCUUCAUCGAGGAGUAGUUGUUGAGGAUGAGGACGAUGUUCCUCAACACCCCUCACCUUGGCGUCCUCUUCCACACCCACCCACGCCUGAUCGCGGCUUCACGCAGCUUCCCAAUGUGCGACUACCUCUUGCUGUGGACACUGCGACCAGCAGCAGUCCCACUGAGUCUACGACGUCUGCAACCACUGUCCCAGUGUACCUCUAUUAUCCUCUCGAGACACGUUUCCUGCUAGCUCGUUCGCCAUGCCUUUGA